AUGUCGGACAUAUUUACGGCAAUAAGUUUUCUAUUGACGGUAUCGAAAAUCAUCGGUUUAGGAUCAUUUUACGUGGAUAAAAAAAAAAAAAAAUUACACACGUCCGUCGUUGGAUUAUUAUAUUCGUGUUUAAUGUUAUUUUGUUUUACCGGAAACGCGGGAUUUUUAACGUACACAAAACUUUUAUACAAAGAUAAAAGAAUCGAUUCUUACGUCGGUCUCGCAUCCGAUGUCAUUUUAUUAACUUGUGGAAUCGUCGUCACGUUUACUUGUAUACUUUUCUCUAUGAUUCAAAGGAAAAAAACAAUGAAAGUCAUAGAGGAAUUUUAUAAAAUUCAUUGGGAAAUGAAAAAAUUAAAACAAGAUGUUAAUUAUUUGAAAUUGAAAAAAAAAAUUCUAUGUCACGUGUUAUUAUUAUUAUUUAUAUUAUUAUUAAUAUUUUUCCUCAUGAUUUUCUACGUUGAAAAUUUAAAAAGUUUUUUAUAUUUUUCAUACAUGUACGCGUGGUUCGUACCUAACAUUUAUAAUUUUUUAACCGGUUAUCAAUUCGUUUCCGGUGCUGAAUUAUUAAAAAUACAUUUUAAAGCAUUGAAUAAAUCAUUGGAAAAAUUCGACGAUGACGACAAAGACAAAGAAGACGAUGAAUUCGCAAAUAAUAAUAAUAAUAAACGACCGGAAAUGAAUUUUUAUUUCGAUUCGUUUCCGAGUCCGUCGCUUGGAAAAAAUUUUACAAACGUUAAUUAUUUAGCUUGGGAAUUUCGUACUGCGAAUAAAUUUCAUUUAAUUAAAAAUAAAAAAUUAUGGAAACAUCAACGGAAAAUAUGGCCUGGAGAAAAAGAAUUUCAUGACGUCGUCAACGAUUUGAAUAAAAUAAAACGUAUAAGAAAAAUUCAUGGAAAUUUAUGCGGGAUAAAAGAACAUUUAAAUUCGUCUUUUUCCCUCCAGGUUUUAUCCAGCGUUGCACAAUCAUUUAUUUUUAUCACUGUUAAUUUAUAUUUAAUAUUUACGACUUUAAGUUCGGAAGAUUCUUCCGUUUCCCUUUUUAAAAUAUCAUAUCCGGUUUUGUGGUUCGUCAUUCACUCACUGGAAUUAAUUAUCAUCGUAUUGACUUGUACGAAUACGAGUAAAGCCGGGAAUUACACGGCCGUUUUGGUACAUAAACUUUUAGCAAAAGAAUGUAAAUUAGAAUUAAAAAAUCAAUUGAAAUUAUUUUCUAUACAACUUCUUCAUAGAAAAAUAUGUUUUACGGCUGCUGGAUUUUUUAAUCUCGAUAUGGCACUUCUCCAAGGGGUUAUCGGAGCUGCGACGACUUAUUUAGUCAUAUUAAUACAAUUUCACAACACUUACGAAGUGCGAAAAAAUUAA